GAGACGAUUCGACCACGUCUUUCACCCCAAGAAAUGUGGACUCGAAGGUCUGGAAUGAGUUCUUCUCAAGGCCCAGUCAUCCGUUGGACAGGAGCUGAAGAUGCUGAUUUGCUCUCACUAGUAGCAGCAUCAAACAUCCAAAGGUGGCACUGCACGCAGCUCAUUGAACAAGCACGAUGGGUCAAUGAGAUUGACUCUAGCCGUGAAGCACAAAUCAGUGCUGCCUACAAUAUGCUGGGCUUGGUUCAGGAACUCACAGGCGGCUUUGCAGUUGGCUGGGCCUUUGCCUUUUGGCGACUGCUAUGGAAGGAGGAGAUCAUCGAAGCGGAGCAGGUGCAGAAGAUGGAGCGUUCUGUGAGAAUCAACCGUGAGUAUGUGGGCCUGUUUUUCACGAGCUGGAGCCACAUUGCUGUGGCUCUGCAGACCGAGCGAAGAAAGGAGGAGCUGAAUAUCAAAAAGUUGCACAAGCGCAUGCUGGGAGUCCGUUUGCAAGAGGCUGAGGACCGGCGGCAUGCGUAUGAGCGAGAGCAUGUCUCUGACAAAUCUGUGAACUACAUGAUGACACGCAAGCUUCAAGCCGCUCAAGAAGACAAGAGCAGAGUGGACUACAGGCUGCAGACAAUGUCUCCAGCAGAUGCCAGGCGAGCCCUUCAUUUGAUCAUGGAGAUCUUCAUGAAUCUUUUGGGCAACUUUAGCCUUGCAGAGAACAUGCUUUGUAAGCAGAAGAUGCUGUCCAAGGACAUAUUGUUUCUGGCGACAGAGCCAAAUGAAACCAUUCAGGACAUUCUUUGCUUACCGUGCCAGGAUAUUCUAACUCGCUGGCUCAACUGUAUCCUCAUGGAGACUAAACAUCGUGCAGCCAGUUUGCUAACAGCGGGUGAUGUGGAGGACAGCAGGCAGAACUGGCAAGCCAAUGACCGGGCCAAAUAUUCCAAGAGGUGUCAGGAAGUCCGAACUUUUCCGUUGGUGGAGACAACAUCUUUUGAAGAACACUUUCAGGAUGGCAAGCUACUCACUUUCCUGUAUGCCAUGCUGCGUGCAUUUAGGCAAAAAUCUGCCUUUUUUGACCCAGCCGACCUCGCUGUUCUUGAUGAGAAAGAUGACGAGCGUCGAGCAGUGCUUUCGGCAGACUACUUCAACUCACUUUCGCCCAUGUUGAUCACUAGGUUCAUGUUGAAAUCCAGUGACAUCGUGGCUGGCCGAGCCGCUUCUUUGAGGAGCUCUCUAUGUGCGGUCUUCCUGCGAGAGGCUCCUGCUAUCAGAAGCUUUCUUCACGCACAAUCCCUGGCCGAGGAUCAAACCCUUCACAUCAUUGAUGAGAAGGAGCGCUUGCGACGAUCUCGCAGGCAUGUUAUUCUUCCAACAGGCCUGCCCAGGCUAGAGAAUUCUCGCGAACUGGAGUUGGAAAUUCAAUUUCCAAUGGCCAAGAUUAUGCAUAUGUUCCAAGAUGUUGCUGGAAGAGUUGCCUAUGCAGAUAUGUUUGAUCUCUCCAGGCUGUGCUUGAUGGAGGAGACCAUUUGGAGCUUGAGCAGAUUAUCCUUGGGAGAAGUUCUGUGCCGCUGGGUCAAUCUACAGGUGUUUGGUUCCAUCACGGCUGAAAGGGGCAGCCAACAAAAUGGUGUGACGAAUCUCUGCAGCGACUUGGCAUCUGGCAUGGUACUCUUGCGGCUCAUAAAGGCAGUGGCCAGCAGUGCCAUACAGGUGGAAGAACUGAACGAGCAGGUGGAGGAGUGCCUGGCAAACCAGCAGUUAGAGGACAAGGCAGCAAUGAAACUGGCCAUUGUUUUGAUUCGAAGAUGCGUCCCAUACUGCUUCUUGUCUGAUGAGUCCUUGCUUUCGGGUCAAGAGGACGCACUGACUACUGCCGUCGCUGGUCUUUUCCUGUCCUGGCUACAUCUCAGGCCUGAGCCUGAUUCCAACUUUGCUCAAAAGCUGGAAGGUGUUGACCGCCUUCUAGAGGUUGGUUUGAAUGUUGCAGCCAUGCCAGCGGAAGCGGUUCCAGAAUCAGAAGACAAGUCUGAUUUGCUCGACUCCUACUGCAAAGAGUGUUUUGCAAGUGGCGAGGGCAGGCUGAUCAGCAGCCUUGUGGCUAUUGAAGAGCAACAUCGGGCCAUGUUUCUGCUUCAAACGCGCUUGCGCAAUUUGAUCGCUGAAGUCAUGGUUCGACGAGUAAUCUCUCGCCGCAGAUUCAAAAGUUCUGGCAGUGAUGACGCCCACACGAUGGUGUGCUUGCAAGAACUUGUGCGGGAUCAGGAUUGGAUCAUGUUGACUGAGACAGAGCAUCCAGCCACAAGAUCAGCACGUCCACAAUCUGUUGUCAAAGAGAAGCGUUUGCUUGUUGCCCAGCUCUUUGAUUACCUUUCAAUCCGUGGACCACGCGGAGAGCGGCAGGUCUAUUGGAGUGGCAUAGCAAAGCUCUACCGGGAUGCCCAUUUGUCUUGCCCCUGCCUAUUCCUGCCAAAGGCUGCAGCACAGAGGAUUUUUAGACAGGUUUUGGAUGCAGAACCAGAAGCUUUGGAGGCAAGUGUGACACUACAUGCAAAGAUUCUUCACAUGGAAGUGCCAAAUUUGCAAGAGUCUGAAGACACCAGCUGGCAAGACUACGGCUUGAGCUUGUAUGGCUUUGUGCGAUAUUUGCUUCGCAUUGCUUUGCAUAGAGAGGACAUGGCACAGCAAACUGGUGCGACUGCAGUUUCUUUGACGAGGUCAUUGAGGGAGCUUUUUGGAAGCCAUUUGCAAAAAGUGCAGCUCAAUGCCAAACAGGAUCAGUUUACCCUGUCAGCGCGGAUUGUGGAAGUUCAUCAGCUCCAGCUCAGUUGGGAACCAUUCUUGCGCGCGGUCUUUGCUUUGUAUGCAGAGCAAGGCCACAUUUGCAAUAGACCAGAGGAUCUCCUUUGA